AAAAAGAAAAAUAUUUUGUGGGGCUCUAGGUGGGUCCCGUCAAAAAGGUACACGUGGCACCCAUGCCAUUGCUAGUGAUAUGGAUCAUAGGGGGGAGAGAGAGAGAGGCAGGCACAUGGGUGGUGUUAGGUUCAAGAAAAUCAUGUGAUCACAUGUGCUUCCUCUUCCCUUUGUUUUGCUUAGUGGACCCACGUCACACCCCAUCUCACAGCCACAGGUGAUCCCAGCCACUCGCCUCCUGUCGGCGCGUGGUCUUAUGAAUCCACUCUGACUCUCCCACGCACACCUCCACCAUCGCACCAUGCACUGGACUGGACCCUUUCGCAACCUUUUGCUCGUUUAAAUGCUCCCCUCUACAUUUCACAUGUCGCCACUAAUCGUCCUCACAUCCACCACGCGCCUCUGAAACCAGUGAUCUUCACCUCCACACUCCAAUCCAAAACAAGGACUUGGGAAGCCAAAUAAAGGUGGGCCCAGCUUCGUUGGCAUUGACAUUUCUGAAACUCAACAAUAAUUCAACAACCUCAGCUCAUUCUCAGCACUCAGCAAUAACCUUCUCCUCCUCCUCCUUCUUCUGAAGGCUUCUACUGUGUAUCCAUGGAUAAUACUCUAAACCAAGAAGACGUACCCGCAUUUCACAAAAAACAAAGGAAAGCCCACAAAAAAUCAGAGGAUAAAAACGCAGUGCAUGAAUCUUUAGUUAGUUUCCGACGAGGCAGGAGACCGGAGACUCACCGUAGAACAAGAAGGAACAGAAGAGAAAUGAAGAUUCAAGAAAAGGAUCAUGGAGUGAUGAGUGGAAACAGUCAAGAUGACGAUGAAGAGAAAGAAGAAGUAGAGAGAAAGAUUGUGGCAUUGCAGAGGAUAGUUCCCGGAGGAGAGUCGCUCGAAGUUGACAAGUUAUUUGAAGAGACUGCUGGUUAUAUAUUGGCUCUGCAGUGUCAAAUUAAAGCCAUGAGGACUUUCGCAAGCUUUCUUGAAGGGAUGGAGAAGGAGAAGAGCAAGUUCGGAGGUUAAUUUUAAGGAUCCUAUCAACACUUGUGGGUUUAAUUCCCCUAUUUUUCUCUCCUUUUUUUUUUUAAUAUUUUAACAUAUUGCGAGUUUUUUCCUCUUAAUUUUCUAUUUUUUAAAUUAAGUUUUUUUUUCUUCCAACACUUGUGGGUUUUUUUUUUGUUAAUAUAUUUGUCUUUUGAAAUUCUUGUUGGCAAUCAGAAAUGAAUGGGAAUGUUGAAAUAUGGUUUUAGUUUA